AUGCUAGAUGACGCAACACCGCUAAUCUGGAAUGUCGAAAGUGAACAAAAGAUUUCUGGCCCUUUCAGAAGGUAUAAGGCAUCUGUCACGUCUGUUGCCUUCAAGCUCUCGCCUGAGGGAAGGCGUGUCUUUUCUGGCUCUGGUGACGAAACAAUCAUAAUCUGGGGUGCUGGAAGUGUCACCUUCUCUUCCAACGGAGCACAUGUUGUCUCUGGCUCCGAGGACGGGACAGUCCGAGUCUGGGAGGCCGAGAGUGGCGAGGCUGUUUCUGUUCCAUUAGGACAUACAUCAGACGUCAUGUCUGUUACAUUCUGUCCUGAUGGAAAACGAAUUGGCUCUGGCUCUUCGGAUCGUGCAAUCAGAAUGUGGAAUGUAGAAGGUGGGAAAGACGGCUUCUCUAUUGCUCAGCAGCUCUUCAUCCAAACGAGCUCGCUUGGCUCAUCGGCUAUAAAGUACCUGUCUGCCAACUCGCUGGCUCCUUCAUCUAAAAUGACCCAGUCCCUUGAAUUUGCUGCAAGCGACGUCAAUAUCGCUAUUGAGUGUACACUUUCCGAAGAUAACAGUACCCAGGAGAGUACGGGUAGCAUGUCGGACGUCGUCGACUCCGCGAGCUCCGACAAAUCCUCCUCAAGGGAGUCCACGCCAAGCUCGUUGAGCGAGGAAGUUCCGUCUGUGACCGACGGAAGCGCUGAGGGAUUCAGAGCUGGCGAGUCCACAAAUUCAUUACCUAUUCCCUUGUUUAGGCCUAAGGGGAGAAUCACUGUGCAGUCCACUACGCCCAAACCUAAACCAAAGCCCAACGGAGGCAGAUAA